AUGUCUGCUUCAACUGAGAACAAGGCCCCUGAACCUAAAUUUGCUCAACCCAAGCCAUAUAAGGUUGACCUUGAGCCUGGAAAGGAAUACUAUUGGUGCACAUGCGGUGAAUCCAAGACUCAACCCUUCUGUGAUGGAUCGCAUAGAAAAGAAGGCGUCUUUAAGCCAAAGAAGAUCGUAGUUGACGAAGCCAAAACUUAUUAUUUGUGUGGAUGCAAGAUCACAAAGGACCCCAAUGGUUUCUGUGACGGUACACAUCGUAAAGAAGAGGGUAUCCGUAAAUACAAUGAAUUCCUGCUCAAGGCCAAUAACGACCUGAAGACUCAAAAGGAAAUGGCUAUCAAGGCUCAAGAAGAACUUGAGGCCAAAUUAAAGAAGGCAGAAAGAAAGCAAGUCAUUGCUGAUGUUGUCGCUGGUUUAUCUUUGACGCUCGUUGUUGCUGGUGUAGCUUUAGCCUGGUAUUCUCGUAAAUAA